UUAAUACUAAACGAUUUUUCAUCAUUUGGAACAGGACUGCCCAUUCAACAAGUGUCCACGACAUCUGCCAUCCGUCUGACAUGGAAUGGUGAUAUCAGAAUCUUAGGAGUGAACACGUGUAAACGUUGGUUCUUCACAAUGAACGGAGCCGAGUGUACCGAUCCAGCUCCCAUCGAAGGCAUCAUGCACACAGACGGCGUAGCCAACAUGUUCAUCCAUCGUGUAACUACCAUUGACGGCCUGUGUUACAACCUCCCGGCCGGACCUGUGACGGUGGCCCUAAACGUGGGCCCAUGCUUGGAGAACCGCGGGAGCGGAGACGCCUACACGGGGUGGAACUCCUACUCAAGGAUCAUCGUGGAAGAGAUGGACAUUUAGUAAUGAAAUGCUAAUGUACAUGUUUCACGUUGUUAUGAUAG